AAUCAAGAUUCGUUUUCGAUUCGCGCUUUCCAGAUUUCUAGAGAGAGAAGUCAGGUUUUCUUUGCUGUUUUCCUAGAAAAUUCGAGAAGUUAUAAUCACGGAGGUUUAAGAUUAACCCUGGAUAAACGAAAGUUGGGGGUUCUGAUCUUUUAGUUGUUCGAAUUAGGGUUAAUUUAGGAUCUAAGAUUACGAUUCUUGAUCUCGCGUGCGACUUUUGAUUCUGAUUUUAGAGAUAGAGACGCGUCGAAAUUUUAGGUUUUAGGGUUUGGAUUUGGGGGAAACCAUGAACGAUCAGUCGCAGAUGAUGAAUCAAGCGCAGAUGAUGGGGAUGAGCAAUGCUCAGGUGAUGAGCCAGCCGCCGAUGAUGAAUCAGCCGCCGAUGAUGAGCCAGCCGCCGCAGAUUAUGAGCCAGCCUCAGAUGAUUGGCUCGAUUGCUCAGUCGUCUCAGCCGCAGAUGAUGAUGAGCCAGUCGCAGGCCAUGGCGCCUCAGCCGCAGCAGCCUCAGUUGAUGAUGAUGACGAGCCAGUCUCAGCCGCCGAUGAUGAACAGGGGCUACAAAGCGUGGUUGCAGCCGCAACAGCCUUCCAUGGACCCUAACAAGAAGUUCCAGGGCUCGAUGAAGCCUAACUUUGCGGCCUCCAAGCCCGGAAGGAACAAUUGGAAGGGGAAAAAGGGUACCGACAAGCGACAAGACCUUAGGAGGAUUGAAAAUCUCGCUCCUAAUCCAUCCAUGAGCGGUACGACCAGUAGUGGAGGAGGGUAUAUACCCCCGACUCUUCACGAAUUGCAGUCACAAAACCGAUUAAAAGCGCGUAAAUUUUACCCCAAGAAGAAGUUUAACAAUAGGUUUGCGCCUUAUGCGCCUAGGAACACAACGUCGUUUAUAAUCCGGGCGAAGAAAUCAGGCGGUAUUGCUUCUCUGGUUUCGCCUUGCCCUGUGACACCGGCAGUGCUUCCUACGCCCAUAUUCUCUCCCUCUAGGGAGGUGUUGGGAGAUAUGGCAAAAGAGGAGUGGGGUGUCGAUGGCUACGGGUCGAUGAAAGGGUUGAUUAGGCUGCGUUCGCCAGGGAAUGAGGACGAGGAGGAAGAGGAAGGCGGUGGCGGUUCGAGUGAAAGUGAUGUGGAAGAGCAUGUUGAGGUGGAGAGGAGGUUGGACCAUGAUUUGAGCCGCUUUGAGAUGAUAUACCCAAAUUACAGCGGGAUGGAAUACAACAAUGUUUUGGAGAAUAGAGUGGAUGAUCAGGACACCCAUAUAGCUCAAUUGGAGGAGGAAAACUUAACUUUGAAGGAGAGGCUUUUCUUGAUGGAGAGGGAGUUGGGGGAUUUAAGGAGGAGGUUGCAGUUUCUUGAGAGGCAGAACCACAUGGUGGGAGAUGUUCAUGAGGAGGUGGUAGAGAAUGAGUCUGAAAACGACAGUGAGGGUGGAUCAGGUGCUCCUGAUAUGUGUCUGAGUGGUAAGAACCAUGAGGAGGUGGUUGAGUGUAUGUCUGGACAAGAAGGAAGUAAGGAUGCUGAGGUGGAGUCUAAGAAGGAGCAGGAUGAUAACGGUGCGCCGGAGAUUGAAUGCACAGGGGACGUUUGUAUGGAAGAUUUGGAACAUCAUGAAGUGAAUGCUCAGCAAAAGGAGGACAUUUAUUUGGAACACCAUGAAGUGAAUGGUCAGGAAAAGGAGGAUUUCAAUUUGAAACAUUAUGAAGUGAAUGCUCAGGAAAAGGAGGACAUUAAUUUGGAACACCAUGAAGUGAAUGCUCAGGAAAAGGAGGACGUUAAGGGUGAGGAAUUGAGGAAUGAGAUGAAUGUUGUGAAAGAUGAGAUCAAAGAGGAGGAAGUAAAGAUCGAGAAGAAAGCAGAUGAAGUAAUAACGGGCAAUGAGGAUUCUUCCAAUAGUGAAGAACCGAGAACAAGCUCUUAAAAGUGGGAAGUGGGUGAAGAGAAGAAUGAGGAAAUGAGGAUUUCUUGGUCAGAAAAGAGCAUUGGUGACAAUGAUUAAGAUUUCCCACAUUAGCUGUGAUUGAUGGUCUGAGCAAGAAGAGAAGCUCUUUUGAAGAUCUAGGUAAGACGGUAACUUGGUGAGAGAUACUCUUGUUGCUACUUGGAUAACAUGGCAAUAUGGAUAGAGUUGGUAGAGUCGACUCUUUGGAUAAGAUGAGGAUUGAGGAUUACACGAACUAAACUGUAUGCGGGAUCUCGGCGUCUACUUUGGGGAUAUCCUUGUCUCUCAUCAUCUGAGGACGGUUUUAAGCGUGGUGCUCGAGAUUUCCAUCACUAAGUGCGUGCUUUGUACUCAUGCCCAAGUGUUGGUGAUCAGCGCCUUGGAGUGGAAAAUUGAACAUAUGGAAGCAAUAAGGUUUCUAUGGGUGGCUACCAUGGGAAGUACUAGAUCGUUAGCUGAUGGAGCUGUUGAGAAAUUCGGGUAAGAAGGUUGAAGAAAAGGAACAAGUGUAACUUGUAUUUUCCUUCUCAUGGGAUGGGUGUUCGUAGGCAUCAUGAGCUUCAUUUUAUGCUCAAUUGUUGUGAAACCACGACGACUAACCAAAAUUCCAAAGGAAACAGCCGCAGGAAACGCCCUAGUGAAAAAUGUUAUUUUUUUAGAUUUCUAGAUCACCUGCCAUUGCAGAGGACUUUUAUUUCUUUACACCAGACUAAAGUUAAUUUGGUUUUGAUGGUGAUAGCUGAAAACAACAAAAGUAGGUAGUGGUUGAAAAGUUGGAAGGCUGAUGGAGGAAUUCAUCCAUUUUCAACCGUCAUUUGCUUACUGUGGACCCAUCAAUCGCCAUGUACAGACGAAGCUUGUAAAAAUGAAGAUUAGAUUCUGAUUUAAGUUAUUCUUUGGUGAGUUGUCGCGUUCAGGGUUGGGUUUACCCUUAUCUGUGUCAAUUACUUCAUGAUUCAUUAUAGUAUUUAUCGCAAAUUGAACGAGUCAUCUUU